CAUUCUUCUCUAUCACAAGUAGAUUUUCACAUUGCCUUAACAUCUAAUACACUAACAUCCCCCUGUGCUGUUAUAUACUCUAGCCUCUAGCAGCCUUUUUCCAAGGGAGAGCCAAAAGACAAAGUAUUCUUUUCUUCAGUGAGAAAACCCAAAAAACAUCUCUCCUUGGGGUCUGUAGAACUUCCCCUGCACCCUGCAGCGUUUCAUAUAUUAGUCCUUCGAAGGGGGCUAGUAGGUGGUGACUGUUUUAGGUUUUGUUUUUUUUUUUUUUUAAUUUGGGUCCCCUCUUUCCAUUUAUUUAUUUAAUUUUGUUCCCUUUGGCUUUCUCGCACAAGAUAUUGUCUCCCUUGUUCCUGUGAAGCGCAAGAAAACGUCUUAUCUCACUGCAAAAUGGGAAGAAUGGAAAUGUGGGAUGGUAUCGAUCUUUCUUUUCAUCUUAAAGUUGUCCCUCCCUUCCUCCCAUUCUCUUCUGUUAUUACUCAGAAAAUUCUCUGAAACGUCACCUAAGAAAGAAAAACACAUCUCCAAAAGAAAGAAAUAUCUGAGUUAUAGAAGAAGAAAAAAAACCAUCAGUAUUCAGAAUCCUGACAUGUAACUAGCAGGAAUAUACUUAGAAGCCUCACCAACAAAAUCCCUUUACAAGGUUUCUGCCAAUGCAUACAGCUUGCUAACCUUGUGAACCACUACGACUCCUUGGGUGUAUUCAAGUUUCUGUUGUCAUUUCUUCUUAGGGAAAAAGGGACGUUGAAACUACUCGGAGAUUUGUAUGGAAACUAAGGAAGUUUAGGUUCUUCUGCUUUUUUGAGUUGAAGAGAGACAGUGAACAUGUCUGCCAAGUUUAUAUAUUCUUUUUCAGAUGAAAACCCAGAAUUGCAGAAGCAGAUUGGGUGCAUGAAUGGACUAUUCCAGCUCUUUGACCGCCACCAGUUCUUUGGUUGCCGACGCAUUGCCAGUUCAAACCACAAAAGACUUCCGCCAGGUCAAAAUGGCAAGCACGGAACAGAGCACAAGGUUGCUUCACAAAAGAUAAAAGAAAAUAGUCUGAAGAAGACCGUGAAGGAGAAACAAAGAUUCUCCUUUGAAUCACCCAGAACCUCAUUUUCAUCCUCCUCUUGUUCAUCUAGUUUCUCAUCUGCUGACUGCAGCAAAACAUCUCAAGUAGACCGAUCUUCAUUGAGCCAAACCACCUUCCCUGAAACCCCAACCCAGGGAAUGUCCAAUUAUCAAUCAAAUAAUUCUUUGCAAUCAAGCCAGCAGUCCCUUGACCUCCGAAAUGUGGUUAAAGACUCCAUCUACAGAGAAGCCCGUGUAUUAUCAAUUAAAACUGCCACCAAAGUGGAAGCAGGGCGCCACCAGACCUUGAAGUACAUAGAUUCACCAAGGCCUUUGCAGUCACCAAAACCUUCAAAGACCAAGACCACCACCAGUCUCAAUGAAUCAAGUCGUGUUCUUCCAAGGCUUCAAGAAGCACCCAGAACGUCCAAUGAACGCAAGGAUGGUUCUCUCACUUUUGCGCCAAGGGAUGCUCAUCGAUUCUCUUAUGAUGGGAGGGGGUCACAGGAUGCACUUAAAAUUAAGCUCAAAGAUCUCCCAAGACUAUCACUAGAUAGUAGAGAAAGCUCCAUAAAGGGUUCCAUCAAUAGUAUUAAAUCAAAUUUGCUUCCAGGAGAGCUGCACAGAAGUAGCUUGAACUCCAAUGAGAUGAAAAACCAACAGCAAGAACCUGGAAGCUACAAAGGACCGUCUAGUGUUGUAGCCAAGUUGAUGGGGUUGGAAGCAUUGCCAGACACCAUGCUAACCAAUGGGAAUCAAAGAGGACAGAUCAGGACCUGUCACGAUUUGAAAGAUGAUCCCCUCUCAUGCUCAUCAAGAAUUGAUGAGAAAAAUCAAAAUUGGAUCUCUGGUUCUCCAAGAAAUUUAAAAAGGGAACCCAGCUCACCACGGCUGACAAAUGCCGACUCUAAGAAACCUGUUGCAACCAGAUGCCCAAUUGAACCAGCCCCAUGGAAGCAGCCUAAUGGAAACAAGGGUCAAACAUCAGCUUUGAAGUGUCAAGAAACGCCAAUGAAAGCCCCAAACAACUCUCUAACUGUUUAUGGUGAAAUUGAGAAAAGGUUGGCAGAACUCGAGUUCAAGAAGUCAGGAAAGGAUCUCAGAGCCCUUAAACAAAUACUUGAAGCCAUGCAGAAGUCUAAACAGAUGACAGAGACCAGAAAAGAAGACCAAGCUUCAAAUUUUAUUUCUCAUGCAAACAGUAUCCUUGGUCAUAGCUCAGAAGCAGCAAAUUUGAUAAAGCUACAAAGUAGCAGUGCAGUUUCAGCCACAAUUAAGGGAACUAGUUCUCCAACUAGCCUUAAAUCCCCAAUCACAAUUAUUAAACCAGCAAGAUUUAUGGAAAAUGCCUGCAAUUCCACUUCAUCAGUAAUUGCAACAGGCAGUUUAAGCAGGCUCCGGACAAGCAACCCCGCUGAUACCAGAUACCAAAAGGUUGACAUGCGAUCAUAUAAAGAGUUAACUCCAAGACCUAAUCCUUCCAGGGAUCCUUCCAGUCGACUUCAUUCAAGGGAUAAGAGUACCGCCAAAACUCUAAGAUGCAACCAACCUUCAAAGGGGCCAUCACCUACUGUUCGAGAAAACCCUAUGCUGGCUAUAAGCUCAGAGACCACGUGCCUUAAGCUGCAGCAGAAGAAGCUUGAAAUGGAAAAGCAAUCUUGUUCUGCCACCCCAACAUCAGAUCAGAGCAGGAGCAGAAGGCAAUCAGGCAGGGUACAAGCAGAAUCAGGCUUGCCAUAUCGGAAGCCCAGGCAUAAAUCUCACAAUUUGCAGCGACGUGAUGACCAAUUGGGUGAUAUCAGUAGUGCCAUGAGAGAUUUAAGUCACCAAGGUGAUGCUAGUUCAAUGCAAUCUGAGAGCAAUAUGAGCGCAGCCUCCUGUGGUGAGAUAGAAGUCACGAGCACUGACACAUCUUGCAAGAUAGAGGGUACAUUUUCCCAGAAACAUGGAAAGAAGCAGAAUAAUCCACCAGCAAGGUUUAGCGAAGUUGACUCAACAGCAGAACCUCCAAGAACUGCCCUGGAACACCCUAGUCCUGUCUCUGUUCUAGAUGCCACAUUUUAUGGAGAUGAAUCACCAUCUCCUGUGAAGAAAAAAUCAAAUGCCUUUAAAGAUGAUGAGGGUCUUAUUCCUGAUGAAGCACACUGGGGUCCCGUAGGUUUGAAUCACUUAUCCAGCUGCAGAGAAACCAGUCUCAGGUCCAAGACAGAUAAUGGGAAAGCAGAAAACAUCCGGCAUUUAGUCCAGAAACUCAUGAACUUAGAUUCUAUCAAUGAGGACUCCAUUAUCAAUGAAAUUACACCCAUUUGCAAUAGUCCAAAUCCAGACCAUAUAUACAUUUCGGAAAUAUUGUCAGCAUCAGGUCUCCUAAGAGAACUUGAAUCCAGCUUCAUGGCCUAUCAGCUUCAUCCAUCAGGUCAUCUAAUCAAUCCUAACUUGUUCCUUGCCCUAGAACAAACCAAGGUAAGCAUUAGACUUCUAUAUGAACAUGAGAGCAGAAAGAUCAACCAGUUAGAGCCCAUUGAGAAGAACCACAGGCAGCUUAUAUUUGAUGCAGUUAACGAAGUUCUAGUCAGAAAAUUAGUGAACAACAGCUCUUUCAAGCAGUGGCUCUCACCAGGCACGUUGGAGGAUAGAAGACCAAGAGAACAGCAGCUGGUUAGAGAUUUAUGUUCAGAAAUAGAUAAUCUACAAACUGCAUCAAAAAUAAGCUUGGAUAGUGAGGAUGACAGUCUGAGAAGCAUCUUAUUGGGAGAUUUAACACUCGGAUUAAUGGAUUGGACACAGUGCAAAAGUGAAAUUCCCUGGCUAGUAUUAGAUGUGGAGCGGUUGAUCUUCAAGGACUUGAUAUGUGAAGUUAUCAGCGGUGAAACAGCAAAUCCACAAGUGCAACCCAACAGACAUUGCAGGCAACUGUUUUUAAAGUAGCAUUUCUAAUAAUGCUACAAUAUUUGGGUUGAAGGGCCAUCAGGAAAGGGGGUUGGUAAAGUGUACUUCAAAAUUUCUUCUUUUUCCAUUUUGUUCGAUUCUUUUGGGCUAUAGUCGCAAUAAAACUUGAAUGAAACUUGAGCUUAUGACACCAUGUAAAUUAAAACGCCUAUGAAAUACAUGUGAAUUGCAAUCUAUGUGUAUUCCAACAUA